AUGUUCUCUCACACCACAAUACAGCAAAAAGAUCAUACCAUCCUCUUACUUCCAUUCGCUCCUUCUACAUUAUCCGACCCCAGUCAUGUUGUAUCAGUGAUAUUGGAUAUAUUACCGAAAUCAUCCACUCAAUCAUUCACCGUGCUAUUCACCACUCCUUCAAGUCAUCAACAGCUAUAUACCACUCUCAAACGAUCUGCUUCCAGAAACUUCAAGCUAUUACAGACGUUCUUAGGUAGGAUAUACGCUAGUUUAGCCACUGCUCAAUUGAUCGCUGGGAGGGUACUGAUGAAUGUGGAGAUUCAUUUCGAUGGUGAAGACGGUUCUUUGAAAGAUAAGCUGUUUAGUAAUGAGAAAGGAGACUAUCAAGUGAUCGUAACUGAAGGAUUACCCAUACCUUCUCAGAUAUCAUCCUUAAUCUCUUCAAUCCCACAAAUUACCUUCCCCUUCCCCAUCACAUCAUCUUCAAUCGGCCAGAUACCUCCAUCAGAUCAAUCGGGCCAAUCGGACCAAUCAUCCUCACCCGGUCCUGCCGUCGUAGCUUUAGGCGGAACAUUCGACCACCUUCACGCAGGACAUAAACUUCUCCUUCAUCUAUCGUUCUUCCUAUCAUCCCAGAAAUUAAUCGUGGGGUUGAUGGCGGAUAGUUUACUGGGUAGUAAGAAAUUUCACGAGGUAGUAGAGAAAUUGGAUAAGAGGUUGGAAAGUGUUGAGCGCUUCUUGGAGAGAUUAGGUGGAGUUAAACUGAACCACGAACGACAGAAUAGUCACAUUCUGUCAUCUUCGCCCGAGACGGAUGAAGGAGCAAGUGAAAAGGAUGUAAUCUCGCUGCAAGUUCAAGAGAUAACAGAUAUAUACGGACCUACAUCCACCGACCCCAAUAUUCAUGCGUUGGUGGUUUCCCGAGAAACUGUAUCCGGAGGUCAGGCUGUGAAUACCAAAAGGAAAGAAAAAGGAUUGGGAGAGUUGGAGAUCUUCGUGGUAGAUGUUAUAGCUGAUAAACAGGAUUUGAAGCUGGGAGGAGUGCAGGAUGAAGGGGAGUUGAAAGAGUUGAAAAUGGGGAGUACGGGUAUAAGGAAGUGGAUCAUGGAGAAUGGUCAGUGA